ACCCAGCCAUAUUGGCCGAUUUUAGGCAUAACAAUCCCUCUCACCCCCUCCAUUUUACGCAUCUCAAUUCUCCUAACUACUCAACACCUUAGUACCACAAACAAAAAUUUAGAAAUUUCUCUCAAUCACACAUGUCAGUACAAAACAUGAUUUUUUUUUUUUGGGGGAAAGAAAUUACAAAUUACCCUAUUCAAAAAAAUAAAAAAAUAUUACAAAUUACCUCUAGAAUGAGAUUGAUGAGUUGAACCCGAGCAGCACGAUAACCAUGACCGACGUCCCGAUCCGGAACCUGAAAUUGGAUUUCCCGGCGAAACGCCGAGUGGAUGAAGUCGCCGUGGACAACGAGAGAAAAAGCCCCAAGCAGUCAAAGCGCCAGAGGGAAGAAUUUGAUGAGCACGUUGCUGGCAUUGGGAACAAUACAUCUCAGGACAAGGAGCCUCCAAUGGUAGAUGAUGGAUCCUCUUUGGUGCUGCAGCAAAAUGAAGAUAAAGGUAGCAGUGCCAAAACGGAUAGUGGUGUAAAAGAAGUUACUGUUCCAGAAGAAGAAGAAUAUGAUUCACCAAUUGAAGAUUUUAAUGUUGUAAUUUAUAAAGGUGAAGGUUAUGGAUACUGUGUUGAAUGUGUUGACGAUGAAGUCUGCAAAUGUUGUGGUAACCUAAAUGGCAGCCCUGUGCGUAGGGAAUAAUGUUAUUUUCUGUUUAUUUUUGUUGUGCAUUUAUGGGCUGUAACUAAGUUGACUUAAGCAAUUCUAGGUAUUAUUGUGCUGAAAAUUUUAUUGUACUUUAUCUAUUAUCUGAUUGUAGUCUCAUAAAUUUCAGUUUUUCUUUUUCAAAAAUGUAGACAUGGGUACCUACUGAACUUGAAUAGUAUGGAAUAUGGAGUGAGUUUCAAUAUUUGGUU